AUGAGGUUCCGCCGGUGGAUUACUUCUUGGCGGUCGCUCACCUGGUGGUUCCCGGUGCGCAACAACCUGGACAGCGUGAAUCAGCUGCACUUGAUGUUGAAGCUUUUUGGCGUCUUGGUUUACACGGUGAUAGAUCGGGUUAACUAUCGAAUCCAGGGGAGUUUGAGUGAUUGGUUGCUGCUGACGCUGUUCACCGUUGUCCGGUGCUACGCGAUCCUAGAUGGAGCGUUGAAUGGACACUGGACGAUACUGAUACAAUCCGAUCUGGCAGCCGUGCGGUACGGGAUGGGUUUCACCGUUUUCUUCAUGAUGGUUCUCUUCACGGUGGUUCCGUUUUAUCUGCUGAUUCAACACAAACGUUUUGAAGCUUUGCUGACAAUUUUACAUGAGUUUGAUGAGGAAGUAAGUCGUUACGGAUACCUCAGAGACCAUCGCUACCACCACUUCCGGACCACAAUGUACCUGUUAAUCUGCCUGACCGUGUUAACUGCAAUCUUUGCAGUCGCCAUUUCAUUCCGCCCGGAAAGCUCCCUCUGGAAUGGAAUGAUUUUCAUCGGAAAUUUCACUGAAAUAUGUUUUGCGAUUACCUUGGGUCACGCUGCACUCAUUAUUCUGAUUUUCUCCAUCCACAGUAGAGUGCAGCUAUUAAACCAAUGCAUUUGUGAAAAGCUUUCCCAAGCUGGCAGCUACGAAGAGAAGCGCAAAUCCGAUUUGGUUAACCAUAUGGCCCGGAUGUAUGACAAACUGUGUGAUGCCACAGAAAUUAUCAGCAUUGUGGUGUGCGCCCCUUUAUUCUUGAAUUUUAUCAACAUUUUCUUCCUGCACGUAAUAUCCUGCUACGCCUGUAUGCGAGUCCUGCUGAGCCGUGCCACCCCAUCGGAAGCGACCAACGCCAUGCUGUACCUCAGCUGGUCCGGUUACUUUAACGUGUUCGUUUUUCAAACCAUUGGCUUUGCCAGUGCCCUCCGGCAGCAGGCGGCCAAGUUUGCCGCGGCGGUUCAUCAUUGCCUGAACCAACCGCACAAUCAAUCCAUCAUCGAUCGGUUGCAGCAACUUUCGGAGCAAAUCGAUAACCGGGGCCCGUUCAUUACGUUCUACCUGUUCGAGCUCCACCCGUCGCUUAUCAUUCAGGCUGGGGGCGAGCUGGCAACCUACAUGCUGAUUCUGAUACAGUUCGAAAUGCAGUAA